AUGAGGAUGUGGGGGAUUCCUCUAAAAUGCCCUCAAUGUUCCCGAAAGAUGAACAGCUCGGGCAUCUACAGCAAGGUGAGAGAGGUGAUUGACGUGUAUAGUCGCUACUACCUGGUGGGAGGAGACUAUCCACGUUGCAACAAGUGCGCUCUGCCGGUCUGCCCAUGGAGCCAGGACAUCCUCUCGCAGCUGGAUGUAGCCCACAGGAGCAUGUUUCCCGCUGUCCUCACUACACACCUGGCUCUGGACAGGAAAUGUAUGACCUUCCUGAAGCCGAGGACCAGUGGAAACAGCUCCUCCUACUUCCAAGCGGCAAUAGAGGAAGUGCACAGCGAGGAGUGGGCACGUCAGGCCAUCCGCUACCUCUCGGACUAUGAGAGCCAUAAAAAUAUGGCUACCUUUGUCCCCUCUGCAGCUGCCUAUCCUCCUCCACUGCCCUUUAGGCCCCUUCCACUUGCUCAGUGGUUUGAGACUGUCCACUCCAACGACAUCCUCAGCCAUCUGGAGGAAAUGAAGGGAGUCAUCACUUCUACCUAUGGUAGAAUUCUUAAGAUGGAUUCGACCAAGAAGGUCACCAAGAAGCUGGCUGGUGGAAUAGGGGGCAGCGCUGCAUGGAUGACAAACAUCGGUAACGAGUUUGGGCAGGUUCUGAACUCUGUUCUGACGACGGGUGAAGGUGCAGGGUUGGAAGAGCUGUGCCAGGGCAUUGUCACCCGUUAUAAGAACGUGGGCAAAGAUGAACCUGAGGUCAUCUAUGUGGACCGGGACUGCUGCAGCCAGUCAGGUGUGUCUUCUGUGACCAAACUGUUCCAUCCAUGGAGGUCUGCAGUGCGCUUGGACAGUUUCCACUUUAUGAGGCGCUUCAACUGUGGCCUCACCACAGAACACCACCCUCUUUAUGGCACCUUUUGUGCCAAGCUCUCCUCCUGCAUUUUUGAAUGGGACCAGGAGGAUGUGCAAGGCCUGAAGGAGGCCAAGAGAGGGGAGUGGGGGAGCAGCCACAGUGGACAUGAGCCCACGGAGGAGCAGCUCUUGGCAACCAUCACCUCAGGGGAACAGAGGAGACACUGCAGGAGGAGGUCGCGUGGCGUGGAGGACAUACGGCGCAUGAUUUCAGGGCUGCCUGGAGUCAGUGUGGGAGCUCACUGA